GAGAAGAAGCGAUAGAAUUUUUUAUCUAAUGUAGGAGUAGUUUUAAAUAAAUUAGAGAAAAUGGAAUGGUAAUUUUAGGUGGUUUCUCAUUUUAACCAAUAGGUUAGAGAAGAUUCGUGAUAGAAAAUAUUUCAUCAUAAAUCACAUAACUGCGAGAUUUUUCCUUAAAGGUACAUUUUCUUUGUACGUUAACAAUUUCAAAACGAGAAUGAAAGUUGGAUUUGAACAAGCCAAUCCGGCGGCGAACGGCGGCGAAAAUGAAGCCCCGCCGUCACCUGCCAAUUCAAAACAGAAGAAAUCGGGCUGUUACAUCAGUUUUUCAGCUCCCUUACCAAGGUAUCCGCUCCACCAUUACUUUUUCAUCCCCAAAAUUAGAAACAACAUCCAACUACGAAAAAUCAUGGAGCCUGAAGCCAACCGAAAAAAAACACCAAAAUCAUUUUUCCUCUCCUUUCUCUUUCAUCGUUCCAUUCCCUCUUGGAAAAUUGAAAAAUGACGGUAAUUGAUAUCCUAUUCCGAGUCGAUGAAAUCUGCAAGAAAUAUGACAAGUACGAUCCCGAGAAGCAACGCGAAACCAAUGCCUUUCUCGACGAUGCCUUCGCUCGCCUCUACUCUCUCGUUGAGGCCGACAUCGAAAAGGCUCUCGCUAAAUCUGACAAGGUUUCUACGGAGAAGAAUAGAGCAGCGGCGGUGGCAUUGAGCGCUGAGAUUCGUCGGAUAAAGGCUCGAUUGAUGGAGGAAGUUCCUAAGCUUCAAAAAUUGGCUAAAAAGAAGGUGAAGGGACUUUCCAAAGAGGAUCACGAAACUCGUUUCGAUAUGGUUCUAGCGCUACCUGAUCGAAUUAAAGCCAUUCCAGAUGGGUCUACGGCUGCAGCAAGCGAGAGCGGUGGAUGGGGAACUUCAUCAUCCAACAAAAAAAUCAAAUUUGAUUCAUCAGAGGAGCGCUUCGGUAGUGAUUUUUACCAACAAACUGAAGAGUCAGAUCAAUUUAGACAAGACUAUGAAAUGAGAAAAAUGAAACAGGAUGAAGGUCUUGAUGUGAUAUCAGAAGGUCUGGAUACACUGAAAAAUAUAGCUCUUGACAUGAAUGAGGAAAUAGAUAGACAAGUUCCUCUAAUGGAUGAAAUUGAGACAAAGGUUGACAAGACAACAUCUGAUAUUCGAAAGAAUAAUGUUAGACUGAAGAAAACCAUUACCCAGAUAAGAUCCAGCCGAAAUUUCUGCAUUGACAUUAGUCUGCUGUGUAUCAUUCUAGGGAUUGCUUUCUAUUUGUACAAUGCACUGAAAUGAAUAGAGGCUUUUAUGUACGUCCAUUUAGCCCUAAGGAACCUACAGCUAUACUGUUUAUUUUACUGUAACAGGACAUGAUUUUUUUGCCCUGCAAUAAUAUAUGGCUUUGUAGCAUUGCUGGGUAUAUCUGUAUAUCAAUAAAACAUUUUUAUGUUUCUAUUUCA